AUGUCCCUAAAUCGCAUCUCCUUCCUUGAAGGAUGGGAACGCAACCCCGCGGCCAUCCUCAGCCACCCUGGAUCGGAGGAUUCGGACCCCGACUCCUACCAGGAUCUGCCCGAGGGAUCCAUUUCAUCUUCAUUUCCCUCCACAUACAGCAGACUGAAUUUCAACCCGUAUGCGGGGCCAGGCUGGAAUGAAAGCCCAGAGGAUCCACACGAGGAUCGAUCCUCGUUUUUCGGGCCCUCAUUUCUGGGCUUGUCUCCGACGACUACCCCCGAAGGACGUGCGGGUCCGGCUCCAGUGCCGGGACUGGGAUCUGCUGAGCGGACUGCGCAUGAUUCAGAGACGACCGUUGCUCGCACGCCGCCUUGGGCCGAUACUACUGGUGCUUAUGAAGUGAGCGCUGCUAGGAGGAUUGCCCAGGUUUGCACGGCAGUCGUAUACUGUUUUCUGGCGGCCGGGGUUGUUUUCGGCUUUGCAGCUCUCAAGCCCAUCCUUAUUCGAGAGAAAGUAUAUCGCGACCUCUGCUCCCAGGCGGAACUUGAGAAAGAUGUCGAUGUAUGCUAUGGGCAAGAGAUUCGGCUAAACUUGAUGUUUACUAUCGCCGCUGUAGUAACCAAUGUCUCAGCCCUACCUGUAGGCACAAUCCUAGACACGUAUGGACCACGAGUCAGUGGAAUCAUCGGCAGUAUCUGUCUCACCAUAGGAGCAGUACUUUUUGGGACAGCCAACAAGCUUCCAUUCGAUGGAUACAUCCCGGGUUACUUAUUCCUAGCACUGGGCGGGCCAUUCGUCUUCAUCCCAUCCUUCCAUCUAUCAAAUACAUUCCCCAAACGAUCAGGCCUGAUCCUAUCAAUGUUGACAGGCGCCUUCGACGCUUCGAGUGCUCUAUUCCUGCUUUUCAGGUUGUUGAACGAGCACACGCAUGGCGUCGUAUCAAUCGACAAUUUCUUCGCCGCAUACCUCAUCGUGCCGGUAUUCAUCAUCGCAGCACAGAUCUUGAUAAUGCCGUCAACAUCAUACAAAACCGCCGGCGAACUCGUGCAACAAGCCGAAGCACAGGUCGUAGAUGAGAUGCGCGAUCGCAUAGAUGACACGGUCAAUGACCGCAGCGAGCGCGAGCGCCAGCGUAUGGACAGACGACUCCGUCGCCAAAGCAUCGUCAGCCAGAUCCAAGGUCUACUAGAUGAUGGCACAGCAUCCGUAAUUUCCGGCAAUGGCAUCAACGACUCCAUCUUCCACACGAACAUCGACGCCUCGCUCGACGUAAAUACCACCACAGGAGUUCACGACACUCCAACACCGCCCUCCCAAACGCACCAACAACCAACCGCUCCUCAUCCAACACCAGGCGGAAUAUGGGGCGUGCUCCACGGCCAUAGCGCACUGUACCAACUACGCACACCAUGGUUCGCACUAAUAACAGCCUUCACUGUUCUAAUGAUGCUACGCAUAAAUUACUUUGUCGCAACGCUGCGCUCACAAUACACCUACCUGCUCUCGGCCGAGAAAGCCGCACAAAUAAACACAACAUUCGACAUUCUCCUACCAGUCGGCGGACUCGUCUCCGUGCCGUUCAUCGGCACAUUCCUAGACGUAUUCCAGACGCGCACUGUGCUCUUCAUCCUUGUCGUGUCGGCGACCGUCAUCGGCGUGCUGGGCUGUAUACCGCAUCCGACCGCGGCCUAUGGGAAUAUCAUUCUCUUCGUGCUGUACCGACCGUUCUAUUACACUGCUGUAUCGGACUACGCGGCCAAGGUGUUUGGGUUUGCGACGUUUGGGAAAGUCUACGGGCUUAUUAUUUGUCUUGCUGGUGUUGGGAAUUUUGCGCAGGCGGGACUUGAUGCGCUUACGUUGAGGGUUUGGAGGGGAGAUCCUGUGCCUGUUAAUGUUGGACUUACGGUGCUGGUUGCUGGGGUUGGCAGUGCACUUGUUGGGUUUGUUGCUUAUCAGACGAGUGUUUUGAGUGGGAAUAAGGGUGACGGUGAGCAUCAUCAGGAUGUCAGGGAGAGGGAGCCGUUGUUGAGGAAUGAAACACCUGGGAGAGUGUAUGGAGCUUGA